AUGCGAUCCCAGUUUGCUCUGAUGGCGACUCUCCUGAGUCUGGCAAAGUCCCUCCUAGCACAAAACAUCACCUGUCCAAAGACCCCCUCUCCAUGGCCUGCCGCAGCCACAUAUCCCAAGAUCUCCACCCUCCCCGACCUCUUCACAUAUCUCGACGGGAAAAGUCGAGUCUCAACAAAAGAAGAAUGGUACGCAUGUCGACAACCCGAAAUUCUGCAACUCCUUCAACAAUACCAAUACGGAUUCUAUCCCGACCACGCUGCUGAGAAGGUCACCGCGACGAGGUCCGGGAACGCGGUUACCAUCACGGUUGCGGCUGGUGGCAAGACGGGCAGUUUCAAGGCUACUGUUAAUCUACCUACGGGUGGUGCGACUGGAGUCCCGGUUAUCAUCGCGAUUGGGGGGAUUGAUAAUAAUGCCUAUCUGAAGCAGGGCAUUGCGGUGGUGACUUUUGAUUAUACGUCUGUGGCGCCGGAUAGUAAUGGGAAGAGUGGAGCGUUUUGGGCGUUGUAUAACGGGAGGGAUAUUGGUAUGUAUAUCCAUCCACAUUCUCUCCUCUCGCUAAAACAAAAGAUUGUAAUAACCCAGCUAAACCACCACAGGUGUUCUAACAGCCUGGGCAUGGGGCUUCCACCGCGUCCUCGACGCCCUCAUCCUCACAGUCCCUGAAAUCGACAUAUCAAAAGUCGGCGUGACAGGCUGUUCACGUCUAGGCAAAGCGGCAUUAGCAGCUGGACUCUUCGAUUCGCGCAUCACCCUCACCAUGCCCAUGUCCUCCGGCGUUCAAGGUCUGGGUCCGUACCGCUACUCGCUCUCUGGACAGGGCGAGAAUCUCGAGAAUAGCAAGUCGGGCGCCGGAUGGUGGAGUAAUAGCGGACUGGGGACGUUUAUCAAUCAAGCUGAUCGCUUACCGUUUGAUGCGAAUACCAUAGCGUCGGCGAUUGCGCCGAGAGCAUUGGUUAUUGAUCAGGGACAGGGUGAUGCGUAUACGGAUAGUAAGGGUACGGCUGUGACUGUUUUUCCGGCUGCGCAGGUGGUUUAUCGGUGGUUGGGGGUGGAGGAGAGGAUUGGGAUGGCGAUUAGGAGUGGUGGGCAUUGUGAUAAUUCUGGGUAGUAUGUUUUCCUCCUUGUCUGUCUUUUCCCUGGUUUGAGUGAGAGGUGACUAAUGGUUGCUAGCACGAAUGUUCUGCCUUUCGUGUUGAAGGUUUUUAAGGGGACGGCUACGACGAGGUCGUAUACUGAUCUUUCGCCUUGGACAGCUAUGCCGAGUGCGUAUCCGUGGGCGAAGGGUGUUCCUAAGGGGCAAUGAGUCGUUUCUUGAAUCUGAGGAUGGAUGUUGUACAGCAUGGGUGUCAUGUUGUUGUGCCUGAG